CUUAACCCUUCCCCACACAUCUCCUUCUCCUUCCAUGUACAUCUCUUCUUCCCCUUCGCACAACAACCAAACCUAGAAGCACAGUCAUCACCGUCGUUGAUGCGAAGUCCGUCGCGGUCCGCCGCCGUCACUGUCGAAGGUCUUCUUCUCUUUUUCGAAGUGGCCAGAGAUAAAGCGGCUGAGGAUGGAUCUACACCGGUGGAGGCCGGAUCUGCAGAGCCGGCGGCCAGAUUUGAGAAGUCAACGACUAGAGGUGGCCAAAUCUAUGGCUUCGACGACCAGAUCUGCAGCCGCAAUGGCCUGAUCUGCAACGGCGGCCAAUUUUGAGACCUCGGCGGCGGUUUGCGAGCAGCGGUGGCCGGUGAGCAGCGGCCGGCGAUCGGCGGAGGCCGGCAAGCGCGGCGACGGCAAGCGAGCAGCGGUCCGGCAUUGGGUCUGUGGUUACCAAGCUUCAAGGAUAUAUAUUUGUCCAAAUACAAAUAAUAACUCUUGUUUAGGGAAUUUUUAGACUUUAGUCCUAUUUUAACAAUUAAAGAUUGAUUUAAUCCUAUUUGGGUAAAUACCUCCAAAUGUAAUUGAAAGGUGGAAAGAGACAAUCAAG